AUGGAGUGGGAUAGCAAUUCGGAUCUGAGUGGAGAUGAAGAUGAGGAGGGAUUCAUGUUUACCGAUGGAGGAGUAGGUUCUUUGCCUUUUCCUGUUGAUAAUUUGCUGCAAACUGCUCCUUGUGGAUUUGUGGUCACUGAUGCUCUCGAACCUGACCAUCCUCUUGUUUAUGUCAAUACUAUUUUCGAGAUGGUUACUGGCUAUCGAGCUGAAGAAGUUCUUGGCCGUAAUUGUACAUUUGUCGGGUUCCAUGAAAUUGUGUCUUGGUUCUUCUCCACCUCCAUCCGUUUCUUGCAAUGUAGAGGACCAUUUGCUAAAAGAAGGCAUCCAUUGGUUGACUCCUCAGUGGUUUCAGAAAUAAGAAGAUGCCUUGAUGAGGGCAUUGAAUUCCAAGGCGAGUUGUUAAACUUCAGAAAGGAUGGUUCUCCACUAAUGAACAGGCUGAGACUUACUCCUAUAUAUGGGGAUGAUGACACAAUUACUCAUGUUAUUGGAAUCCAGUUCUUCACCGAAACGAAUAUUGAUUUAGGUCCCUUGCCUGGUUCUUCGGUAAAGGAGUCUGCAAAAUUGGCUGAUAGGUUUCGUUCUGGUCUUUCAACAUAUCGUUCAAUCCCAGUAGGGGACCGUAAUGUUUCUCGUGGCAUUUGUGGGAUACUGGAAUUGAGUGAUGAGGUAUUGUCUCUCAAGAUACUUUCACGGUUGACUCCAAGAGAUAUUGCGUCAAUUGGUUCUGUCUGCAGACGGCUCUAUGAGCUGACGAAGAAUGAGGAUCUCUGGAGAAUGGUCUGUCAGAAUGCUUGGGGUAGUGAAACAACUCGUGUUUUGGAGACUGUGCCGGGUGCAAAGAGACUUGGUUGGGGUCGGCUUGCUAGGGAAUUGACAACUCUUGAAGCAGCAGCAUGGAGAAAGCUAACUGUUGGAGGUGGUGUUGAACCCUCAAGAUGUAAUUUCAGUGCUUGUGCAGUUGGUAAUCGAGUCGUCCUUUUUGGUGGGGAAGGUGUUAACAUGCAGCCAAUGAAUGAUACCUUUGUCCUGGAUCUGAACUCCAGGAACCCAGAGUGGCAACAUGUCCAAGUGAGCUCCCCUCCUCCUGGUCGGUGGGGACAUACACUUUCUUGUGUUAAUGGGUCUCGUUUGGUGGUCUUUGGAGGUUGUGGAAGGCAAGGUUUAUUGAAUGAUGUCUUUGUUUUGGAUUUGGAUGCCAAGCCUCCAACUUGGCGUGAGAUUUCUGGAUUGGCCCCUCCACUUCCAAGAUCAUGGCACAGCUCUUGCACCCUUGAUGGCACUAAGUUGAUUGUCUCUGGUGGGUGUGCAGAUUCUGGAGUACUUCUCAGUGACACAUUUUUGCUCGAUCUGUCAAUGGAGAAACCUAUCUGGAGGGAGAUACCAGUAGCAUGGACCCCACCUUCUCGGCUAGGUCACACUCUCUCAGUUUAUGGUGGAAGAAAAAUAUUGAUGUUUGGGGGUUUGGCUAAGAGUGGUCCCCUUCGAUUCCGCUCCAGUGAUGUGUUCACUAUGGAUCUAAGUGAGGAGGAACCUUGUUGGAGAUGUGUAACAGGGAGUGGAAUGCCGGGUGCUGGAAACCCGGGAGGCAUAGCUCCUCCACCUAGACUUGAUCAUGUAGCUGUGAGCCUCCCGGGCGGUAGAAUUUUGAUCUUUGGCGGCUCUGUCGCCGGUCUUCACUCUGCCUCGCAACUUUAUCUCCUCGAUCCUACUGACGAGAAACCAACAUGGAGGAUUCUAAAUGUACCGGGGCGACCUCCAAGAUUUGCUUGGGGACACAGUACCUGUGUUGUUGGAGGGACAAGGGCUAUAGUCCUCGGUGGUCAAACUGGGGAUGAGUGGAUGCUGAGUGAGCUCCAUGAACUUUCCUUGGGAAGUUCAGUUAUCUGA